AAAAAAUAAUUGUUUAGUCAUUCAGUCCCAUAGACGGAGCUUGUAGUGGACUCAUCCAACCAGGAGGCGGUAGCAGAGGCGGGAAUUUACCCGGAAGUGGAUCGUAUCAGGAAGGCAGCCCUCUUCUACCGCAGCAUCGCUUCUGUUUCAUGUAAAUCACCAUGAAUCCACUGACGAAGGUGAAGCUGAUCAAUGAACUGAAUGAACGCGAGGCCGACCUCGGGGUGAAGGAGUCUGUGUCCUGGCACACUGAGUACAGAGACAGCGCCUGGAUAUUUGUUGGUGGAUUUCCAUUCGAGCUGACUGAAGGUGACAUCAUCUGCGUCUUCUCUCAGUAUGGAGAGAUCGUCAACAUCAAUCUGGUGCGAGACAAGAAGACAGGGAAGUCCAAAGGCUUCUGCUUCAUCUGCUACGAGGACCAGAGGAGCACCGUCCUGGCUGUGGACAACUUCAACGGCAUCAAGAUUAAAGGUCGGACGAUUCGUGUGGAUCAUGUUAAAGACUACCGUCCUCCCAAAGACCACGAGGACAUCGAUGACGUGACCAAACAACUGAGGGAGGAAGGCUGCGCUCCCAAAGCCCAGCAGUCAUCCUCCUCGUCCUCAGAGGAGGAGGAGCAGUACGCCAUCCCUGUGAAGAAGCCCAAAAAAGACAAGAAAGAGAAGAAGAAAAAGAAGAAAGAGAAGAAGGAGAAGAAGAAGGCAGAGAAGGAGAAGGAGAAAGAGAGAGGGAGCCGGGCGCUGCACUCCUCCUCCUCCUCACCUCCUCCUCCUCCUGCCUUCAGAGUCAAGGAGGAGAAGGAGGACGCCGGCUACGACAAGUACAACCAGAGGGCGGCGCCACCGGGAGGACAACAGAACGGACAGAGAGCGAGGGACAGCGAGAGACUCCGGGGGGAGGAGGAGAGGAGGAGGGGGGAGACAGACAGGGAGAGAGAGGAAGACAGGAGGAGGAAUCGUGAGAGGGAGGGCGAGAGGAAGAGAGAGACAGACAGAGAGUAUGAGAGAAGAAGAGAGUCUGAUCGGGACAGAGAUAGCGACAGACGAAGAGAGACAGAAAGAGACGAUAGAAGACGAGAAAGAAGAGACACGGACAGAGACGACAGAAGAAGAGACACGGACAGAGACGACAGAAGAAGAGAGAUGGACAGAGACGACAGAAGAAGAGAGAUGGACAGAGACCGUCCUCGUAAACACUGAGAGCAUCUGAUGGUGUAAAAACAUGAAGACAGACUGACGUCGUAUCACGUUCUCUGAUCGUUAGCGCCCUCUGGUGGCUGCAGGGUUCAUUACACAAACAGCUCUCAGUCAAAGGAUCCAGUUCUGAGUUCUGGUUUCAUCUGUCUGUUGUCUCAUGUUCACUCAGUUCGGUGUAAAUAGUUUCUCUCCUCCUCGGUGUCAACGGCUGCUGUAGUGAAAUGUUUUCAGGCUGUGACGUCUCCUGUUUCCAUCCUCCAGUCCAGGAGAGAUUAAAUGUUUGAGUUUUGUAAUAAAAGAAAAGAAAAGUCUUCACCUGUGAUC